GCCAUUUUUUAUUUUCUUGCUCUCUUUUUCGUUGGCAUUUCAACCAUAUUUAUAUGUCAAUAAUGUCCACCAGCCAUCAUGGACAUUAAUAAAAAAAUACCAAUAUUAUAAUUAACCAAUAUCAACUAAAAUUAUCGGACAAUAAAAUUACAAACAAAUAAAAUAUUCCAUAAUUUUUACUACACAUAUUUAUAUCUCAAUUAUUGUUAAUACAUUUUUAUUAUUAUUAAUUUUAUAAUUAUAUUUUUCAAAUAUAUGCUGUAAUAACGAAUCAUCUACAGAAUUUAUAUCAUGUCAUUAUAAUGUUGUGACGUGUUAUGUAUGUGUGAAUAUUUUUUUUUUCAACAAUUAUAAAAAUAUAUUUGGAUAAUUACUAUUGUGAAAUAAUAAACAAUUAAUUUUUUGGUUUUUUUAAAAUGAUGCAAGAUGAGGAUCUUGGUGGUCCUGUUAGGAGAAAUAUAUUUGUUCAAGCAACAUCAAGAUUAUCGCAGAUUUACCAAAGCUAUCUGGACUUGUGGACACCACACGUAAUAUCAAGAUGGGUUUUUGCAAUAAUUCUUGUUAUCACAUUUGUAUUACGUAUUUUUCUUUCUCAGGGAUGGUAUAUUAUUAUGUACGCUUUGGGAAUUUAUCACCUUAAUUUGUUUAUAUCAUUCCUCACUCCAAGAAAUGAUCCAGCAAUGGACUUUGAAGAUGGUGAAGGUCCAGAAUUACCAACAAGAUCAAAUGAAGAAUUCCGACCAUUUGUUAGAAGAUUGCCUGAAUUUAAAUUUUGGUAUUCAGUAUCAAAAUCAACAAUAAUUGCAUUGACAUGUACAAUGUUUGAUUUCUUUAAUAUUCCUGUAUUUUGGCCAAUUCUUGUUAUGUAUUUUAUAACAUUAUUUUGCAUCACAAUGAAACGACAAAUUAAGCAUAUGAUUAAAUAUCGAUACAUACCUUUUACCCAUGGAAAACCAAAGUACCACAAUCACGAUGAAAGACUUGUUGGUAAAUAAGUUGGUUAAAUCGUUGAUAAAUCUGUAUGCUUGUUGUUUUAUUAAUUUUUUUUUUUGGCAAGUGUGUAAAUGUGUGCAAAAACAAACUAAGAAAAUAAAAAAAAAAAAAGAUUAAAUAAAAAAGUUUAUAUUAAUUUAAUAAAGUGGAAGUAAUUAUGUAAAUUAAUGAAGAAUAUGAAGAUAAAAAAAUUUAUCUGUAAGUAAACUUUUAAAAAAAAAACAAUACUUUUUCUUUUUUUUAUAUAUAUUUAGAACUAUUAUGAUUUUUUUUGUCUAAUAUUGAGUAAAUGCUGUUAGAUGAAUUAAAUAAAAAUAAUUUAAAUAAUAAAGUCAAUGGGAAUAUGAGAAG